AUGUCCAAGAAACGUACAUACCUGGAUUCAUAUGUAGAAUAUGGUUUUGACUUCAUUGUUGUGGAUGGUGUGGAGAAGCCCCAGUGUCUGCUGUGCUCAAAAGUUCUUGGAAAUGGGUCACUGAAACCUUCAAUAUUGAUCUGGAAGCUACACAUCCUGCCCAUGCAUCUGAUGACCGUGCUACAUUUGAGGCAAAGAGAGCUAGGUUUAGGGCUGCAGGAACACUGCCCAAACUUGGGCUUCGUAUCUGAGAAGAAACCAAUGUUUGCAGCUUCCUAUCAUGAAGCGAUGCGAAAAGCAAAGGCAAAGAAACCUCAUGACAUAGCCGAGAAGCUGAUUAAACUUUGUGCCUUAGACAUGGUUGAACAUGUAUGUGGGAAUAAAGAAAAACAGAAGAUUUAA